AUGUUCAACGUGAAGGCUGCUGUGGUCAUAUGGGCAAGCAUCGGCCUGUCGCUCGCUCAGACUCAAGUCACCGUCAACGUAGGUUCGACACUGCAGAAAAUCGACGGCUUUGGAGUAUCCCAAGCCUUCGGUCGUGCCGCAGAAUUCCAAGCUUUAGCAGAAGGCCCUCGGCGAAAGGGGCUAGACUACCUCUUUAACACCACCACCGGUGCCGGCUUCACCAUCAUCAGAAACCGCAUUGGUUCCAAGGGUGCAGACUCUAUUCUGCCAAACAGCCCCGGGUCGCCGACUGCAGAUCCCAAGUAUGUCUGGGAUCGCAAUGAUUCUGGACAAGUCUGGUUCAGUAAGGAGGCGAUGGGAUAUGGAGUGAAGAAUAUCUACGCCGAUGCGUGGAGUGCACCGGGUUUCAUGAAGACGAAUGGUAAUGAAGCAAAUGGUGGGUACCUUUGUGGCGUCACGGGCCAGACGUGUAGCUCUGGAGAUUGGAGACAGGCGUUUGCGAACAUGCUGGCGCAGUAUGUCAAGUAUUAUCAGGAAGAGGGCAUCCAAGUCUCACAUCUUGGAUUCUUGAAUGAACCCGAUUACACCACCUCGUAUUCUUCCAUGCGCUCGGAUGGCGCCCAAGCCGCUUCAUUCAUCCCAACUCUCUCCAAAACCCUGCAAUCCAACAACCUCUCCUCCGUCGCUCUUGCCUGCUGCGACAACAUGGGCUGGGGCACUACCCGCACCACGGCCUCAGCCCUCAUCUCAGCAGGCAUGGAGUCCUACCUGACUCUGCUCACCUCGCACAACUACAACGGCGACCCCAACUCCGUCAUCUCCACCCGUCUCAAGACAUGGCAGACGGAAGCCUGCGACCUGCAGUCGCGCUGGUGCACGACUUGGUAUAGCAACGGCGGCGCCUGCGAGGGCUUGACGUGGGCUGGGAAAAUCGCGACGGGCAUCCUGAACGCGAAUCUGAGCGCGUACAUCUACUGGCAGGGUGUGGAAGUCAACCAGCAGCAGGCAUCGAGCUAUCUCGUGCUGAGUGAUGGGACGGAGGUUUUCCCCUCGGGAAGGCUGUGGGCGAUGGCGAUGUGGUCCAGGUUUAUUAGGCCCGGGGCGUACAGGGUUGCGACUUCUGGGUCGGUGAGUGGGGUUUCAGUUGGGGCUUUUAAAAAUACGGAUGGGAGUGUGGUGGGGGUGUUGACUAACACGGGAGGCUCAAGUCAGAAUGUCAAAUUGGCGCUGAAUGGGUUUACGCCUAAUGCAGCGGGGGCAUGGUUGACGGACAAUAGUCAUCAGGUGGCGGGUGUGGAGGUUACAUUGGAUGGGAGCGCGGUGACGGUGGCGGUACCGGCGAGGUCGGUUGUUACUGUUAAGUUGACGGAGGCUUCGUGAAUCAAGCCGAGUUCAGCGGCGAUCGACACCAGAGUAUACGAUGGAAAUGUGC